CUGGGACUAAGGAAGACAUGCUACCUUGCCCAACUCAUACUUAGUGUUAUCAAAUAAAUAUUUCAGGCUCGUGGGCUAUAUCAAUGCCAUUAUUAUAUCUAGAAACGAUUUGUAAACAAGGAAUUGUGGCUGUGUUUUACAUAACCAGGGCUUGGGAGGACCUGAUUUGGCCUGUGGGCUCUGAUUUGCUGAUCUGUACUUAAGCCUACCAAAAGGCACCAGUGGUCCUCCUUGGUCACAGCUGGCAUAGGUUUCUGUUUGUAAUUUUUCUGUAAAUUUAAAAUAGAUGGUGUUGUAGUCUGCCAUAUUUCCUGUUGUGAAAUCCUGGGUUGUGCUAGCUGGAAUGCCCCUUGGGAGGUACCCUGUGGGAAGUGUGCCCUCCUCACCUGCUGGGGGACUGAACUGCAGCUACCUGUGACCUGGUGGUCCCACUGUACAUUCGCAAAGGUCUCUUGAGACCUGGCUGAAAGUGCAUAUCCACAUUGGAAGACUAGACAGCACUCAGAGCAGACUAUGUCUAGAUCUUCUAACUCAACUUGCUAAAAUAGAUUGUUUAUUGAAAAAGCAAAUCAUAGAUCUGUAUGGUGGUAGCUUUUUGUAUUAGAAACACUGUAUGAUGUAUGUUAUUUUUUGUGCACAUGAUUUUUAUGGCGGUCAUGUGAAUACACAAAAGAAUAAAAGGCUAGAAGGUCAAUACCAAACUAAUGAGAAUCCUUGCUUGGGGAGAUGGGUGGGAUGAGCCUGGGGUUGGGGCUGAUGACUUUAGCCUUAACUAUUAUGUUUCAGGUUUUUAUAGGGAGUAUGUUUUUGUGUUUUACUGGUGUACUUAAAAUUUAAGAAUAACGAAAAAGAUAGCUUAGUUUCAGCCCAUUUAUGAUUUCCACAAUUUUCCCGGCAACUGAGGAGAUGGAGUGGGCUUGCUGGGAAGGGCCCUGCCCUCACAGCGUGCCCCAAGGUUGCUACUCUGCCCCGUCCUACAGCCCUGCUGCAGAUGAGGACGCAGCUCAGAGUGGAGGGGAUGGGAACAUUCGUUCUCAUGACUUCUAGGCCAGUGUCCCUUUUAUUUGUGGCCUGUCGCCUAUCAUUUGGGUGGUCACUAAGCAUUCCUUAUUAUCCAGUUCUAGGUAAAUAAAAUGAAGAUGACAAGGUCAAUGUUAGACAUUCAGAUGACAAGGGACCACUGAGAGGCCAGGAGAAGUUUGUGUGGUAGACAGGAUUACAGGAAAAGCUGGAUAUAGAUGGGUCAUUUAUUCUUUGUUUAAGAAUCAAUCAGUCCAUGUCCUUGCUAAUGGCUCUGCCAUCUUUCUGUGUGUUAAUCCAGGAGGAAUUUUGUUGUCAAAGAAUAAAAGGAGGUUGUCCAUAAUUGACUUUAAGCAGCAAACAGUAAAACACUGAGCUCUUCAGCUCCACCUUUCUUGCUCUGAGAAUCGGAAAACCAAGAAGGUUUUGAUGUUUUGUGUGACGCCACCUGAAUUAGAAACCAAGAUGAACAUAACCAAAGGAGGUCUGGUGUUGUUUUCAGCAAAUUCUAAUUCAUCGUGUAUGGAGCUUUCAAAGAAGAUUGCCGAAAACAAGAGUACAAAUUCAAGAGUCUGUGAGAGGAAAAGAUGUUUUUAUCAUCCAGACAGUUUCAAAGGAUGUGAACACCACCAUCAUGGAACUCCUGAUCAUGGUGUACGCGUGUAAGACCUCUUGUGCCAAGAGCAUCAUCGGUGUGAUCCCCUACUUCCCUUACAGCAAGCAGUGCAAGAUGAGGAAGAGGGGCUCCAUCGUCUCCAAGUUGCUGGCCUCCAUGAUGUGCAAAGCUGGUCUAACUCAUCUUAUUACUAUGGAUUUACACCAGAAGGAAAUUCAGGGCUUCUUCAAUAUUCCUGUUGAUAAUUUAAGAGCAUCUCCUUUCUUAUUACAGUAUAUUCAAGAAGAGAUUCCGGAUUAUAGGAAUGCAGUCAUCGUGGCCAAGUCUCCAGCCUCAGCCAAGAGGGCACAGUCUUUUGCCGAGCGUCUGCGUCUGGGAAUUGCAGUGAUUCACGGAGAAGCACAGGAUGCAGAGUCAGACUUGGUGGACGGACGCCAUUCCCCGCCCAUGGUCAGGAGUGUGGCUGCCAUCCACCCCAGCCUGGAGAUCCCCAUGCUGAUUCCUAAAGAAAAGCCCCCAAUCACAGUUGUUGGCGACGUUGGAGGAAGGAUUGCCAUCAUUGUGGAUGACAUCAUUGAUGAUGUUGACAGCUUUCUCGCUGCAGCAGAGACCCUAAAGGAGAGAGGUGCAUAUAAGAUCUUUGUGAUGGCAACUCACGGCCUACUGUCUUCUGACGCCCCUCGGCUGAUUGAGGAGUCCGCUAUCGAUGAGGUGGUGGUGACCAAUACAAUUCCACAUGAAAUCCAGAAACUCCAGUGUCCGAAGAUUAAAACUGUGGAUAUCAGCAUGAUCCUGUCAGAAGCAAUCCGUCGGAUUCACAAUGGGGAGUCCAUGUCCUACCUUUUCAGAAACAUAGGUUUAGAUGACUAAGAGCUCUUCGUUUUUAAAAUUCCCCAGGGCCAAACUGGAAACCUGUGAGUGAUGCCGUGAGGGCACGUGCUCAGUGGGUGUGUCCCACAGGAAUGCUGUGCUCUGUCCUCCUGCCCCUGUGCCCUGUCUUCUCAUUGAUUCCUAUGAAGAUAGACCAACUUUCUACGUCAGUUUGGGUGUUUGUGGGUUUGGGGGACAAUUUUUAUAAAAUAAAUACUUUAUUCUCCUCUUAAAUAAGAUCUGGUGUUUUUUUAGUUUAUUUAAAAAUAACUUGGAGUAAGAUUUUUAAGCUCACAAACAGCCUUUUUCCAAAGUUGCUUGAGCCAAAUGCUUUAAAAAAGGUACUAAAAUGGUCUACUGUAUGAUUCCUAUAGUUGAAAAGCCGAAAAGUUACACUGUUGAAUCCAGUAAAUGACAUUUUUAGAAAUGCUUUUAUAGCAAGCCUAUGGAAUAUGUGAUUGUAUUUAUUUUCUGCAACUGGAGACAGAGUAAACUCUUGUGUUUUUGUGUGUUUUU